AUGACUAGCUUCCGAGUUGCUCUUGCGAAGCGUGGUCGGGAUGGUCUAGGACGAAUUCGCGUAAAAGUUGGUCACAUUGGAGCACUGAACGCUCUCAAAAAUGAUGUUGUUGUGCUGGAAGUGUCACACAAAUCGCUGCGUCAAGAACACAUUCUCAAUGACGACUUUGACGUAGAAAUUAUUUCUCAAAACGGAUGUGGUGAAUCCUUCGAAGGAGUAGCUGUUGCCGCCGACAUGUAUCAUCUACAAAAAGUAAAGGCAUUUAUCGGACCGUACUGUAACGCAGAAAUGGACGCUGUCGCACGUAUGGCUGCUUUCUGGAACAUACCCAUUAUCGGGUAUAUGGCAGCAUCAAACUCUCUUUCGGACAAAAAAGCAUAUCCCACGCUAGCUCGAGUUUCAUUGAGAACAACUAAUUCCAUUGCUGAGGCUACAUGUGCGUUGUUGCGGCAUUACGGAUGGUACAAGGUUGCGAUUGUUACGAACACAGGCAGUCUGGCAUACGAUCGCACCUAUGCUUUCGAGGAAGUGUUUCAUGCGCGAAAAAUCACAGUUGUUAAGAAGAUUAUAUUCGAUGAAUGGGCCGACUCCAAAGCAAUGCUAGCCUCAGGACUGCUGCAGGAACUGAAAAAUUCGGCUCGAAUUAUCAUCUGCCUCUUUUCCAACACUCGAGAGUCUUCACGUGAGCUACUUACAGCAGCUAACGCGCAGGGAAUGAGCGUGAAUGAGUUUGCAUACAUUCUCCCAUGGCUGCAGAAGGAUGCGAAUUGUCCUUUACUUAAGCAGCAGAGAAAGGUCAGAGAGUGUGUUAAUGGCAGCACAUCACGACGGCAUCACGGAUGGCAAUCUGACGUGGACGGAGCGAAGGAUGUUUCUCCGUGGAUCGGCUCGGAUGGUACCGUGCUGCAAAAAGUUAAAGAUCAAUACGCCAAUGCUAUCAUUGUGGAUGAUGUCAACAGUUUCGAUAAUUCUGUAAUAAUACCUUUUCUGGAUAGAAUAAAAGAAGCUGGUCUCACCGAAGCGGACGUGGAUAUUGCGAACAUUUAUGGUUACUUGUAUCUCUUUGACGCUCUCAAACUAUAUGCUUUGGCGGCAAAAAAAGUAAUGAACGAAACCGGCGAUGCUAGAAAUCUGGUGAAUGGACGGGUGAUGUGGAAUACCAUGCGACGAAUGAAAUUCACUGGUAUGUUGGGUUCCUCCGGUGUUGCUUCCGGAGUAGUGACUAUGGACGACCGUGCUGAACGAGCACCGCUAUAUCGAGGCUUCUUCGUUUCACCGAACGUUGAUCAGGUCCAACCGAUGGUCCAUAUGGAGCCAACUAUGAUCGAGAAAUGUGAUGGUUUAGAGAAUAAGUCGGGAUGUUAUGAAAUCGUGGUGACUGAUAUGAUGAGAGACUUCUGGCCAUCAGUCGAUCGAAGGAUGCCGAAAGACGAACCAGAUUGCGGUUUUCGUGGAGAACGCUGCGAUUUCACGUUACUAAUAGUUGGAGCGGCAAUUACUGUAGGGAUGAUAUUAGCACUAUGUGGAGCGUACAUUCUUCAUAGGAUUGUAGAAAAGAAAGCUUUGGAUAAGUUGCCGUUCCGCAUAUAUCGUGACGAUAUGCAGUUUAUAGACGAGGAACAGUUGAAAAGCAUGUUAUCACUUGGAAGCACUAGAACGAAAAUGAGUAAUACUAAUUAUGGUGCAAGGAAUCACGCUAUUAUCGGUACGAAUACGCACGUCAUAUACCAUAAAUACCCCCAACGUCGUCCGAUUUCACUUAAUCGUACUGAUAAAACGCUUCUUUCAUGGAUGAAGCAGGCCGUACACGAUAACGUCAAUCCAUUCAUUGGUAUUACAUUCAAUGAGAAGGAAGAAAUACUUGUGAUUUGGAAGUUUUGUUCGCGCGGAACUCUGCAAGAUAUUAUCUAUAACGACAAUAUCACAUUGGAUCAGAAGUUUCAUGGAGCAUUUAUACGAGACAUACUGGGAGGUCUCGAGUAUCUCCACGCCUCUGCAAUCGGCUGUCAUGGGGCACUGUCAACAUGGUCUUGCUUGAUUGAUAGAAACUGGAUGAUUAAACUUACAGACUACGGUAUUGCCGAUCCCCUCGAGCGCUGGGAAAAACAACAAGCAAUCUCUGUUGAAGCACUCAAAGGAGACGACGAUAAAUCUCAAGCAACUCAAGCGACCACACUGCUCGAAAGUAUAAAGGAUGGAUCAAAAGUAGUUAAGCCACAAAUUCAAACAAACAAAGUGCUGAAUAUGGAUCUGUCCAAUCUUAUUAACGACUGCUGGAAUUCGACUCCCGAGAUGAGGCCUAGUUUGCGGAGAAUAAAACUCAACGUUGAGACUUAUUUAAAAGUAAAAGGAAGUCUCGUUGAUCAAAUGAUGCGAAUGAUGGAGCAGUACACGAAUAACCUUGAGAAGCUAGUGCAGGAGCGCACUGGAAUGUUGGAGGAUGCGAACGUUAGAGCGGACAAGUUGCUUAGUCAACUCCUUCCUGCAUACGUAGCAAAAGAACUGAAAUUGGGUAGAUCGGUGCCUCCAAAAACGUUCAGCUCAGCGACAGUUCUUUUCAGUGACAUUGUGGGUUUCACAGAAAUGUGUCAGAAUGCUAGUCCAUUGGAGGUUGUUAACGUUCUCAACGGAGUUUUCGACGGGUUCGAUCAGUUCAUUGCACGUCGCGACGCUUACAAGGUGGAAACUAUCGGCGACGCAUACAUGGUCGUUUCUGGCGUUCCUGAAGAAAAUGGACAUCGACAUAUAAAUGAAAUCGCUGGUAUCGCCCUCGAUGUUCACAAGUUUCUCACGGAGUUCGACGUUCCUCACAAGCCUGGCACAAGAGUCGUUUGUCGCCUCGGAUUUCAUACAGGACCUGUCGCUGCAGCCGUUGUGGGACUCAACGCUCCACGCUAUUGUUUAUUCGGAGAUACGGUGAAUAUGUCAUCUAGAAUGGAGAGCAACAGUGAGCCGGGUAAAACCCAGAUUAGUGAAGCAGCAAACACUCUUCUGCUGAAAGAGUAUCCAGACUAUCAGACUGAAGUGCGCGGCGAGAUUCCAAUUAAGGGUAAAGGAAUGUGUACAACGUACUGGCUGUUAGGUGUUAAGAGAACAUCAGCCAACGCUUAUCUUGCUCCGUCUGCGCAAGGGGCGGGCGGCAACUUUGGUGGAUUUCUGGGUGGUACUACGCAGGCGAGCGCCAGCUCGUUGAAGAAUCCCACAGGAAGCGUGGCAUCGAAGUGA